UCCAAAGAGUCGUUGUCGUUGUCGUUGUCGCUGCCAGCUGUACAGUUACAUAGUCCCCGUCUCAGAUCCACUCUCUGUUGCACAAGCUGUGGAGUGUUUGUAAUCCUCGGCCUCAGUCAGACAAAGGCAAAUACGAAUAUGUCCUGCGACGAGAGAACAGCCCUGCUGGCAACGCAAUUGCAGCAAGGACAGCGAGGACAACAUCAACAACAGCUACAACAACAGCAACAGCAGCACAUCAUUGUCGUGCCGUUAGGCAAGGAUCCGAAGGAUUAUGAACCCGUUUUCACAACUGCUGAUCACUCUUACGGCCUGACGCUGGAGGAGCUGCUGCCCUUCGCACUGGAUCCCUGGUGGCAGAAAGUGCGUCGUCUGUCCAUUGGCUGCCUUUGGCUAAUAUUUCUCCUCACUCUCUUGGCUGCUGUAACAUUGGCUUAUUUUCAUGACGAUGCCAUUGCCUGUCGGCCUAUUCGAGUAAUUACCACGACAUUGCCAACGCCACUUGCCUUGGUCAACAACGGCUCACUGCUGCUGUCCAGCUAAUAGCUUUCACUAAUCAUAGUGAAAGCAACACGAACUGGAGCACUUGAUUAUGGAUGCUGAAAUUGCACGCAUUGGAUUACAUCAGCCACCGCUUUUCCGAGAGCGGCUUUCCAGCACAACUAUUGACUUGGUGAUCAGCCGCUUGCGGGGGAAACUAAAUUAAUUUGUAAUCAGUUUGCAAUUUUAAUUUGUUUAUAUGUUUACGGUUUGCUAGUUAUAUAUAAUUGUAAUAAUAAAUUAUAAGAAAAUACAAUUCAUUUUAAACUCA